CUGGAGGUCGCGUGGGGAGUCCCCGUCGGAGCGUGCCUCCUUCCCUCCUUCCUUCCUUCCUUGCCUGCUGAGCGCCUAUCUUUAGCCCAAGCCUCCCUCCGUCGCAGAGAAGCCAUGGGGCCAGCCGAGGAGCUGAUCCGGAUGGCCAGGAAGCUGGAGAAGAUGGUCUCCAGGAAGGACACGGAAGGAGCUCUUGACCUGCUAAAAAGGCUGAACAGCUUCACGAUGACUAUCCAGCUUCUCCAGACGACAAGAAUAGGCAUAGCUGUCAACACCAUUCGUAAGCACAGCCGAGAUGAGGAGGUGAUCGCUUUGGCAAAAGUCCUCAUCAAGAACUGGAAGAGGUUGCUUGAGUCGUCAGAAUCCCAGAAGAGUAAGAAAGAGGAGAAAAAGAGAGAAAAGGCAAACCAUAGCCUGGGUCCGAAAGCUGAAGAGGCACUUUCUCACCACACAGAACUUUGCAAAAGUCCGGAUGGAAAGCAAAAAGAGCGAAAAUUGAACAAGUCCAUCUCUCAGGAGGCAGAGCCAAAAAGUUCUUCAUCUAUAGUCCCCAAGCCAGACAGGGAUUCCAAAGGUGCUUCAUCUGCCUCCAAAAAGCUGCACCUGGAGCUCAGGAAAGAAAGGAGAGAUUCAGAAGACUCACUGUCUUCCAUGGUGGCCUCCUCUUCCUCUCCUUCCUCUCCCAGGAGAUUGUCUGGAGACAGAUCCAGUGGCAAGCCUAAGCUUGAGAGUCCCAAGUCACCCACCAGUCCAAUGACUCCAACAUUUGCUUCUUCCGUCUGCUUCUUGGCGUCUUGUUAUCUGACCGGAGACUCUGUCCGGGACAAAUGCAUUGAAAUGAUUUCCGCAGCUCUCAAAAUGGAUGAUGAUUACAAGGAGUUUGGAAUCAAUUGUGAUAAGAUGGCAGCUGAAAUAGAAGAUCAUAUCUACCAGGAAUUGAGGGGCACAGAUAUGAAGUACCGUAACAGAGUGAGGAGCCGGAUCAGCAACCUGAAAGACCCCAAGAAUCCCGGUUUGCGAAGGAAUGUUCUUUGUGGAGCCAUAUCAGCCAGCCGCAUUGCAAAGAUGACAGCAGAAGAAAUGGCUAGUGAUGAGCUGAAGGAGCUGCGUAAUGCCAUGACCCAAGAGGCCAUCCGAGAGCAUCAGAUGGCAAAGACGGGCGGCACCACCACUGACCUCUUCCAGUGUGGGAAAUGCAAGAAGAAGAAUUGCACAUAUAAUCAGGUGCAAACACGGAGUGCUGAUGAACCCAUGACGACAUUUGUCCUCUGCAAUGAAUGUGGGAACCGAUGGAAGUUUUGUUGAUGCUCCAUACGUUUGUAUGCCAGCCGUGGAUGAAGAAAAUGCUGCCCCGUGACAGCGGAAGAAGGCAAAUAAUCUUCCAUGUUUGCUGAAAAAACAGAAAAAAGAGAAAAUCCUUCACUUGGAGUUUCAGUUUCUCUUAAAUGCAAUAGGAAUGAAUGAAUCAGGGGAAGGAUGAUCUGGCAAUGAUUUUGGUGGUGCAGUGAUGUGAUGAUGACAAGGCUGGGUUGUGUUCUGCAACUAUAAUGCGAAAUUCUGUACUGAACACACAUUUGAGAAUUUUGCUUCUUUUUCAUCUUCUUUUUAAAAAUCCUACGCCUUAAGAUUGCAAAGAUAGAUUUGGAAGUACAGCCUUUGGACAAUGUAUUGCAAGCAUUUCCACAUUCAAGGGUGCAGGUGUGUGCAGGAUAUCACCAUUAAAAAAAAUCUAGACUGUG